UUGUUUUUUGGUCUAGAAAAGCUAAUCUAACAAGGAGCAUCUUAGAAAAUAUGGUACAGAAAGCUCCACGGAGCCUAUACAAUGAAUGGUAGUUGCUUUUUUUCAUGUUUCAGCUUUGAAAAUACAUUUUCGAGAAUUUUCCCAACAAUUUCUCGGUAAAGGUGAGCCAUGUUUGCAAAGAAAAAAUAUAAAAGAAAUUGAACCAGGAGUCGUGUAGAUGAAGCUACAUAUUAGGGACUCAUCUGUGUAACAAAAUAACACACCUUUGCUUGGUUUUUUGAAAUGGAUAAUUAUGUUUGUGCGUAAGUCCUCGGGCAGCUUAAUAAUGUUUUUACUGCACUACGACAUUAGCAGCAGCUGCAUCAAAGAGCCGCAAAUCUCCGUGAUUAGAGACCCAGGUGAAGCCAGGACAGUGAAGACGUUACCGUUAAGGUCGCGGAUAGUAAUGAAGCGGCAGUUUAGGCUCAGGACGAGGGUUAAUCUCGUUGACAAGACAUGAGGGCAUCGCAAGCAUAGUGCCAAUUCUGGAUACUUCAGCAGGUGGUGAGUUGGUCCACUCACACAUCCGCUGUGUCCUGAACUCACAUUACUGCGCAUUCUGAUUAUUCUUCACCCCUCAAAUCUGCACACAUCGCUUAUGGCACCCAAUUUGGCAUGCGCCCAACCACGUUCUCUGCCCGCAAGGCAACUCUGGGAAGGUACAAAAUUGUUGGGAAUCAGUGGUGGUAAUCACUGAAGCAGGUAGGCAACCGAGGUGAUUUGCGCUGCUAAUCAAGCAAAAUCGCGGCGGCAUCUCGAGACCCAAGUCGGAUUUGGCUUCGGGGGUCGUGGAGCUCCAAGCGUGCGUCAGCUUGUCGCCGCUGGUAAAAUCCGACAAGGUUACGGUGCCCUGCAUACCUGAUUGGGUGGUGGAAGGAACGUGCAGGUUUCGUCUGAACAGACUUUCGCAAUUGUAAGAAGUGUGUGGAAGUAAAGUAUUCGCAGGGUGCAAUUACAAUUGCAAAAGCCCCGGAUGUCGUAUGUUGACUCACGGGAUUGGUGUCUAUCUGAGCAGUCGCUGGAGUUUGUGCCAGGCUUGAGGCUCCUCUUGGUCGGCUGCCCAACGGCAACUUAUUUUGGCUCUUUCUCCCGCUUUGGAGGACGACCAGGUCAUCGCCUCUUCACCAGUCAUCAUUCGCAUUAAUCAAGGCUGCCGGAUUCCCACACUUUGGUCACCUAUCUAGAACCAUGUCCGAUCUCUGAAGUUUAAUCACGACGAAAUGCGUCAAACUUGUGUUGCAAAUUAUAUCUCCCCUGUUUAGUGGUUUUUUUCCCUGCGCUUGUGAGCCAGGCACAUUUAAUUUGUCAAAAUUGCUAUUGAAGACGAGGUUUGCUGCUGCGAUGAAUUUUACGGUAAUGAGUCAAAGCUGCGCCGGGGUGCAGUGAUUGGGCAGAACAUAGAAUGAGAGGUUGUGAAAGGGAGCUUGUUUUCAGAGUUUUCUGACUUAACUCCGAGCAAUCUUUACAGGCUCAGCAGAUUUUCCUGGGCAUUGGUUGAGGUUAGCGAAUAAUCUAAAACGAGCCCGGUACAUCCUUGAGUUUUUUGAGCAGUCGGAAGGGGUCAUGGUGCUAUCUACUGGAAUACGCGAGUGCGCCGCUGCCAUUUGAAAUCUGUGCAAAUUGACUGGAGUGGCGAUUGCAUGUAAGUUAGGAAGUUGAGAAAUGUCCAGAAGCAGCAGUUCUCAGGUGCUGAAUCGUGCAUCGAGCAGGACUAUGGUGUACCGUGGAGGUGCCUCCAUAUUGGAUUCUGAAACAGAGGACAUUUCUCUUAAUUUUUGAUCCAAGGUUGCGGAUACUAGAGAUUUAGAGCCAGGACGCGGCUAUGGCGUAUUACAACGAGCAUGAGCGCUUGCGUCCCUACGCCCCUCGCGACGAAUACGUUUCGCAAGGCCAUGAUGGCCCAGAGUUCACAUUGGGACGAGCACCGCCGUCAAACGACCCAUAUUGGCAACCUCCCUCGUUCAGAACAGCCCCAGAUUAUCAACCCUUCCCCGUUCGUGAAGAAUACCCCCGCGGUGUACCACAUGAAGUGUACCCAAGGACUCUGACUUCUACAACCUUCACUCCUGAUGACAUUCUGGGAGGACCUCUAUUCGACUUUGGACCAUCUCAAGAUCCUGAUUAUGGAAGAGUACCAUCACACAGGAGUUUCGAUUCGGGCCACGACUCUGAAUAUGAUCUGAGACGACCACUACAUGACUUCCCUCAAUCGGACUACGACCGAAGGCCAUCUCAUGACUUCGAUCAUGAGCGCAGACCUCAAUCUCAAUACGCCCCCCGACCUCCAGAAUUUGACAGCAGGUCUCGACCUUACUAUGACCAAGGAUCUCCUCCAAAAUUCGAUCGAGGACCUCCCUCAGAAUUUGAUCUGGGCCAUCAACCUCAGCAUGAGCGUAGUAGACCUGUAGACUUUGACAGAAGGCCUCCUCCUCCAGACUUUGAUAGGAGACAUCCUUCAGCAGACUUUGAUAGAAGGUAUCCUCCUUCAGAAUUUGAUAGAAGGCCUCCUCCUCCGGACUUUGAUAGGAGACAUCCUCCUGCAGACUUUGAUAGCAGAUAUCCUCCUUCAGAAUAUGAUAGAAGACCUUUCCCUCCGGAAUUUGAUAGAAGACCUCCCCCUCCAGAAUUUGAUAGAAGACCUCCUCCCGAGUUUGAUAGAAGACCUCCCCCUCCAGAAUUUGAUAGAAGACCUCCUCCCGAGUUUGAUAGAAGAUCUCCCCCUCCAGAAUUUGAUAGAAGGCCUCCUCCAGAAUUUGAUAGAAGAUAUCCUCCUUCAGAUUUUGACAAUAGAUCUCUUCAUGGACAUGACCAUAGACCUCAUGAUAUUGAUAGAAGGCCUGAGCCUCACUACGGUCAAAGACCUCCUGAAGUUGAGCACAGACCUCCUCCUCCUCCUGAAGUUGAGCACAGGCCUCCUCCUGAAGUUGAGCAUAGACCUCUUCCUGAGGUUGUCCUUACACCCCCUCCUGAAGUCGAGCAAAGGCAUGUAUCUGCCGAGGUUCCCAGUGAUGCAGGAUUCCAACCUCCUCUCCCUUACGAACCUGAGCAACAUUUAAACCUGCCAGAGUCACCGAAACGACCUGCGUCACCACCACCACCAGUAGUUAUCUAUCCCCCGGCACCAGUGGUUGCAUGCCCUCCACAGGAAUUCGCGACGGAAAGGGCGAUUUCACCACCCCAUCCUCCCGCUGAUGAUGUCGGUCCCCAAUUUCCUCCGAUGCCGUAUGAACCUGACGCUGCUCCUCAGCCUCAGGUAGAAACCUCUCGUGACAUCCCCCAUGAGCAUCGGCCUCCUGACGUAGUGCCUCAGUUUGUGCCUCCCAUGCCUUACGAGCCUGAGGGGCGUUCGCCCAUGCAUCAUCACCACGAUGAAUAUCCUGAUGGGUAUCCUCCACAUAUGGAUCUCGAAAGCCGGGGAGUAGAAGGCGCUGUUCCUUACCCAAUGGAAGGUGGACCUCCUCCGUUGCAUCAAGACGCUUACUACGGUCAAGUCACGGAUCAUGGACAUGUGAAGAAGAGGCACUUCCAAGCUUGCAAAGACUACUGGGCAGCGUUCCUCUUCUUCUUGCAUUUCUGGGCUGUGGUUGGUGUGUGCAUAUACCUCGGAGUGAGAGGACUGAUAAAAUCGAACCAAAAUGAAGAACUGCUCCGUGCAUAUGCUCUAGCUCCUUCACCUACGCCCCUAAACUCAGAGAGUCUUUACAAUAUCAAACAUUGGGCGCCACAGCUUGCCGCUGCAACAGGCGCAGGAUGGUGGUUUGCAUUUAUCUGGCAAUCGCUCAUCCGUGCGCAUCCGCUGCCCAUGAUCAAGAUCUGCCUGUGUUUAGGUGCUGUGUCCACUGGACUGUUGGGAAUCAUACUACUUUCCACAGGAACCGCCAAAGGCCUUAUUGGUCUCCUUUUCGUGGCAUUUGCACUUUUCCAGGGACUUUAUGUGCACCUCGUCAGGCACCGGAUGGAGUUUGCAGGAAUCAUGCUCAGAAGAGCACUCUUGACCGUGCACGAAUACAAAAGUCUUUACGUAAUCUCAAUGUGGACAGUGUUCUUGGCAAUGUUUUGGCUUGCCAUAUGGAUAUUCGGGGUAUCCGGAGCGUUGAGCUUCCAACAUGGCGGAUACUAUGUUGCUUUGCUGGUUAUUAGUCUAGCAUGGUCCAUGGAGGUUCUUCGCAACACCGUCAACGUCACUGUUGCAAGUGUUAUAGGCACUUACUACUACGAGAUGGGCAACAUGCCACAUCUCCCAGUGUUGAGAUCAUACCAACGGGCAUGGACUCUUUCUUUCGGAAGCGUCUGCCUCGGAUCAAUAUUUGUGACUCCAGUGACCACUCUUCAUGCCAUUGCGAAGCGCUUGGCUAAUGAGCAAGGCGCAAACGAGUUCUUGUUCUCAUGCGUGAAUUGUUUCCUUGGAGUACUGGAGUUUUUCAUCAAACAUUUCAACAAAUGGGCUUUCGUGGGGGUGGGUUUGCAUGGGAAGAGUUUUGUGAGGUCGGCAAAGGAGACGUGGAUCCUGUUCAAGGAACAAGAAACCAUGUUGCUAGUCAAUGACGAUUUAAGCGGCGCAGUGCUCUUGACUGGUUGCAUAAUUGGAGGAGUUGUGACAGCUCUAGUUGGUGGCUGUUGGACUUUUGCAACACACCGUAAUCUCACUGUUGGUGUCUCUAUUGUCUCGUUUCUCCUCGGUUUCUUUGUGACAUACUUGACAAUGGUUGUCUCAGAGAGUGCGGUGGCUGCAUAUUUUGUAUGUUUUUCUGAGGACCCUCGUGUACUUGCAAAGCACGAUCCAGCCCUGGCCCAAUACAUGACUCGCCGCAAUGAUCAACUCAAACAGGAAUUAGAAGAUUAAUAAAAAUGAAAACCGUAACAAUGUCAAAGAUAUCCACUUCCUUGUCUCCCAAGGCUUGUAUCAUGGAGGCAAUAUUUUGGGUUUGUUUCGUCUUAUUUAUAGAAACUCCCAGCAGAUUUCUUCUCUCAGUGAUUUCUCGAAAUCCACAGCUAAAAGUAGUAAUGUCGCAGGCAUGGUGUUUGUAUCUGAAUGGAGGAUGGCCCUGAUUGGGAGGGUGACUAUCCUUCAUUCUCCAUUCUACUAGAGAUUAGUUCCUGUUUUUUUCUCUGUUUUCUUUUUUCUUUUUCUCCUUCUCUUCUUUGCGCAGAGAUACCGUUUACGCCCCGUCUGUAAAUUACGUGAGUGUGAAUACGGCAGAGAGAUUGGGGCUGAUAUGUAGUGCGAGACUAGAGAUUCUUGAUAAAAAUUUGGCGGGGAACCUGGAGCAGAGUUGUAGCCAUUGGCCACAAUAAAUUUUAUUUCUGGUAUUAAUAAAAACUACGAUGUUCAUUGCUAGAAA